GGGGCCUGGGAGGAUGGGAGUAGGACUCGGUGUCUUGGUUUGGCACUCCACUAGCAUGACCUGGACAUGAAUCGGUCUUCAACUCCGCGUCUGACGUCAACGCAAAGGAGGACAAGAACUUGAUACUGGACGCCAGGCCCUAGAGCGGCACAGAUGCUCUGUCCCCUAGCGUGCGCAUCCGGCUUUGCGCCAGGAAGGCCCAAGAUUCCAACGCGCGAGGCCGAGCCCAGCGGCCUGCGAGACACCCCCAGCAGCACGGACUGCGGUCUUCCGGAGGCGCUCCCGGAGCUACGAGGACUCGCCUAGUGUAGCGCGGUCUUGCACCCCCGUUCGUCCCAGUCCGCCUCGACUACCACCGACACCUGUUACCUCACAGAGGACUGCGCCCCGGCUCCCACGCCCUCUGCCAGGCCCAAGAGCGCGGUCUACAGCGCCGUCGAGGUAAUGGGCAGCCGACCCCGCAGCCCCAGCGCCUGCCCUGCGCCCUGGUGCGGAUCGCAGCCAGGAGGACCCGACCAUGCCAAGCGCCGCCGAUUGGAUGAGCCCGCGGGCCUCGAACCCCUCGCGGCGCCCAGCCUAGGAGACCCGGUGGGGGCCCCGGCCGGGGACUCGCUCACCUUCGUGAUGGUCCUGGCCGCGGGCAGUUCCCUGAAGGUGUCCCUGAACGACGACAACCUGGUGCUGGUGCCCGCGCCCACGUCGAUCAUGCGAGUGUCUCUCGGUGGACACACCCUCUUCCUGAUCCCCGAGGUCCUCCUGAGCUCCCUCGACGAACGCUCAGGAGCGCAGGGCGACUUGUCUGCCUUCCUGGUAGCGGACGUUUUCCUGGGCGCUCUCGGGGAGGACGUCGUCGUCGAGCAGGAAUUCUGCGCAUCUGUCCCAGAGGUCGCCGCCCAGGAGGAGGUGUACGAGGAGGACGCGGACUCCGAGUUCCAGGAGCUCUGGAUGGACUCCCCAGCCGGCUCAGCCGCUGGGCUCUACCACUCCGCUAGAAGUAUGUUCGGCCCCUACCAGGAGAGCCCCAUCCCAGAGCCCUGUGCUCUGGCCCCCAUCCCCAGUUCAGAGAGACGCUCUCCACGCCCCAACUGCGACCAGGAAUUCCACUUUCUGGAGCCUGUUCCCACCUCACCUCUGCAACCUCUACCUCCCUCUCUGAGUCCAGGUCCCCAAGCGCGCCCAGAGCUCCCAGAGCGCCCUCUGUGCAAGGCCCGGAGACGACUGUUUCAGGAAUGAACUGCCUCCCACAAUCCGUUGUCACCCUGCUGGGGUCCAGGCGACUGUCUCCUGAUAGCCGUAGUAUGUGUGUGGCGCAACCUACAAGGAUCUCCAAGAAUGAAUAACGGAAAAAUGCUUUUUUGAUACAGGCUGGAUUGCAGAAUUUUGGAUCAGUGGCUGAUUUAGAAUGUCUGGGGAAAAAAAGAUCCUCCUCAGCAUAAAAACACGCUAGUUGAAAUACUUUCAGACUGUGAGACUGCUGCUUCGGGCCUGUUUUGUAUGGAAGUCACCCCUAGGCAGCUCCAUUCCCCCUGGUUUUGCUUUAAACCUCAGUCCCAGCACUUUUCUCUAAAAAUCCACCCUUUCCCCAGCACCCUACCAUGGCAAGCCUUUUCUCUCAAGUUCAUUACUACAUUUAUUUUGUUUAAUGGGUUUUGGCCCUAGUCCCUUUAUGAUGACCUUCUCACCAUGGACCUUUUCCCUAUAGUGGCCUGAGCCCCUUUUGGGGAAUCUUGCAAAUAGUUUUACCUGGACAAAUGUUUGUUGUUUCUGAAACAGACAGAACUGGGAAUAAUGAUUACGUGUCCUCCUUUUUUUCAUGAUUGACUUAGAAAAUUGUUUAUGUUGUUGGGCUUUCCCCACCCCACCCCACCCCAACUCUUACAGCCAGCUCUUUUCCAUUCAUUUCUUCCUGUAUAUUUUUUAACAUAAUUCUUUUAUCCUGGAAAAGCUUAUAAUUCUAAGAUUGUUUGUGUGUGUGUUGGUGUUGUUUUAUUUGUUUGUUUUUUGAGACAGAGUUUCGCUCUUCUUGCCCUGGCUGGAGUGCAAUGGUGCGAUCUCAGUUCACUGCAACCUCUGCCUCACAGGUUCAAGCCUCUCAAGUAGCCGGGAUCACAGGCAUGCGCCACCACACCCAGCUAAUUUUGUAUUUUUAGUAGAGACAGGGUUUCACCCUGUUGGCCAGGCUGGUCUUGAGCUCCUGACUUCAGGUGAUCCACCUGCCUCGGCCUCCUAAAGUGCUGGGAUUACAGGCAUGAGCCACCGCACCAGGCCAGAAAUAAUUUCUUAGGUUGAUCUUGUAUCAGAUAAAAUUACUGAAUUUCUUUAAUGGUUUAUCUGUAGACUCUUGAUUGAUUUAUAAAAACAAUAUCUCCAAAUAAGGAGAAUAUUGUCUCUUUUGACAAGCUUCUAACGUCUUAUGUUUGCUUAAUCUUUUAUAUUGGAUAUUACUUCAAGUCCAGGUUGCACAGUAUGGUUGAUAUGGGCAUUGCUGUUUUAUGCCUUGUGUUAAUGCCUCUACAUUUUCCCACAAAGGAUGAUCUUUACUGUAGAUGGCUGUUAGAUAACCCUUAACCUAUUGAAGCAGUUAAUUUUCAGUCUUUCAGAUAAUGAAAAAGUGCUGGAUUUUUGCUUUGUUUUUGUCUUAAGUUACUACAAAGAUGUUAUCAAGUUGUUUUAAAUGUUGAUGUUUAAUUAUUUGCGUAUAUACAUAAAAUAGCUAGACGGAACCUUUGAGCCAUAAGAGUAUGUACAGAAACCUGGCAAGAGCACUAAUGAGACCAGGCUUUGGGCUUCAGGGAUUUAAAACAAUUGGAUGCCCAGCACUUUGGGACGCCGAGGCGGGUGGAUCACGAGGUCAAGAGAUCGAGACCAUCCUGGUCAACAUGGUGAAACCCGUCUCUACUAAAAAUACAAAAAAUUAGCUGGGCAUGGUGGCGUGUGCCUGUAAUCCCAGCUACUCAGGAGGCUGAGGCAGGAGAAUUGCCUGAACCCAGGAGGUGGAGGUUGCGGUGAGCCGAGAUCGCGCCAUUGCACUCCAGCCUGGGUAAAAAGAGCAAAACUCUGUCUCAAAAAAAAAAAAAAAAUUGGAUGCUUUAUGAGGACCUGAGAAGACACGAGUGGAAGGAGAAAGGCAGUAACUGCAGGGUCCAUUUAAGGUUUUAAAUGUUAAAAAUUUAAGAAACUUUUUCUGUAUGCAUAAGAUGACUUUUUGUAAUUUCUUUUUUCAUCACAAGUUUGUGGUGAUUUGUUCUAAUAGAAUUUCUGACUACAAGUAGCUUUGCAUUUUUGUCUAUUCCACAAUAUUUUAUAUGAUUCUAGCUCCACUUUGGGUUUUUUGCCUUUUUUUGAAGGUUUUGUCUGUUUUAAAUAACUACAUACAGCACUGAUUUUA